CAUUACUGUUUCAGAAGAAUAAAUGAACCAACGCAUGCAGGUUGCGUUCGGAAAAUUCGAAAGCAUGAACAUAUAAGGUCAUGCAGUAAAUACCAAGGCGGAAGUGUGUGCAUGUUCAUUACUGGUACCGUUUGUGUUUGAAUAAAGGUUAACGGUGACCAUUGUGUAGGCCCAAGGUGAAACGGUAAUAUUUAAUUGAACAAAGAUAAAAUGUAAUCAUUGUUUGUAUUGAUGUGAACGGUAACAUUCUUUUGGAAUGAAGUGACGCAGUAACAAUUUUUGAAUCAGCGGAUUUUUUGUGUGCAAAUAGUGGUAAGCGGUAAUAAAUAUGUUUUGACUGAGAUGUUACUAGUAACUUUGUUUUCAGUCUUAAUAGACACGAUCAUACUUAGUUUUGCAAUUAGUGUCACAUUUGUGAAAAUUAUUUGCAUGAAAAGACCAUCAUUACUUCCGGGUCACAAGUGUUUGAUAUGCAAUCUUCUUUUGAAUGAAUCUAAUGGGGGAAUUCCAGUAAUUGUCUGGUAUCCGUUGACAAGUCUUCACAUCGGAGCUUAACCGAGCAAUUUAUGCGAAUUUCUUAAGUGCUCAACGAAAGAUCGGAAUAAACAGACAAUACAACGCAUUUAGCAUUAGAAACAGAAAAUUAAGCAAUUAUGUAUCCGACAGUGGCAUUGUCACUCACUGUUUGCAUGUUUAUUGCAUGCUCAUCAGCGUGUUCGACUUCUUGUGUUUGCAUCAAACAUAAGGCGACGUGUAGAACACCAGACCCCAGUGGACUAGUUCUCAGUGAACAUAUUCGCGAAGUGGUUUUGCAAGAUCUUAAUGCAUCGUUGCUUACUAACAACACAUUUUCAGCCAACUCACAAUGGUCGCAGAUAGAGACUCUUGAAAUAUGGGCGAAUGGCGGCGAAUCUCUCGGAAGUCGUGUUUUCACAGGACUUUCCGGUCUUACCUACCUUGGCUAUCACAAUGAACACAUGUUCUAUAUGGAAUAUGAUGCAUUUUAUGGUUUGGACCAUCUUAAAGAACUGGACUUUUCCACGAAUAUUCGUCUUCAGACAAUGAGCUUCUUGAUCAGCAUGUAUUCGAAGAACCUUCCGCGAUUGAAUAAAUUAACACUGACUGGUCUGCACUCGUAUUAUGUCGAAACCAUCAAUGCGGACUACAAUUUCUUUCAAAGUAUCGCUGGUCUCGACAUACAGAGGAAUAUUACUUACCUGGACAUUUCUAACGUCACCUUUGGAGAGUUUAAUUUUCAGGCUUUCAUUCAGAACGGAUUGUGUGAUUCCGUCCAUAAGGUUUAUUUGAGGUAUGCUACAUUUCUAAACAUACAGGGAUAUGUUGCGGAAGAAACUUGUUCCAGCUUGGAGGUACUCGACAUAAGUGAUUCGCUACUUCCGAACAUCAUGCUCGAUUUUACAAUAUCUAAAAUAGAUUUUCUCUGCAGAUUAACUAUGUUUUACUUUAAUAUUGAGGAGCUGUAUAUCAAUGGCCUAGGCAAGUACAUGAUGACUCCACCAUUGCAAGAUGACCGCGAUGGUGACUUGAGUUCAUGUCCGUACAAAAUGAGAAAAUUAAGCCUUGAAAAUAAUUUGAUCAAACGGUUGAAUUAUACCGUAAAACUACACAAUGACACCCAGAAAACGAUGGAAUGGAUAAGCCUAGCUGGAAACAUUCUCGAAUUUAUAUCCCCUCUGUUUCUAUCACCAUCGUUUAAUCUUAAAUAUUUGGAUCUGUCUAGUAACCAGCUUCACAAGAUGCAAGAACAUUACGAAGAUAUGUUUGAACUACUUAUUCAGAACAAUACCAAGCUAAAUGUUUUGAAAUUGAACAGAAACGGUAUUGCUCGCAUCCCCUCUAACAUGUUUUUAACUAAUACAGAAUUGGAAGUUUUGGAUCUUUCUGACAAUAAUCUGUCUUCGCUAGACUUCAACAUCGGCCGGUUGACAAAUCUUAAAGUGUUGAAUUUAUCCUACAACGCGAUAUCUUACAUAGAUGCACAAACAAGGGAUACGAUGGAGCAACUAGCAGCAGCUACGAACUCGCACAAGCUUCGAAUAGACCUGUCCAAUAUGCCGUACAUUUGUUCAUGUGAUGAUAACCACAUGGAAACGAUCCAAUGGAUUCACAGAAAUCUCGACACGUUUAUUACGAGUCCCCGAGAAGACUAUAUGUGUACAUUACAAGAUGAACGGUUGUACAUUUUCCAAAAUGCGUUGGAAAAGACAAAGUCUUACUGUCGUGUUCAAAGAGUAAAGCGCGAUCUCGCAAUUUCUCUUUCAAUAGUGUGCGUUUUUCUGCUAAUUGGAAUAGCAGUAUUCCUUAAGAUCCAAGGUAUUAGGCGAAGGCAACGGGAGAGAAAGAAUCUUCUGUCUCAGAUUGAAGUGGGAGAGUUUCCAAAGAAGUUUCUAGCGUUUCUGUCCUUUAGCUCCGAUGAUGCCGAGUUGGUCGUAAACACAAUAUUACCGAGACUUAAUUCAGAGCUACAGCUUAAGACGGGCACUAGUCGUGUUUUAGUGUGCUCCGGCGAUCGCCAUUUUAGGCCCGGAUAUGCUCUUGGUGAGGAGAUAAUACGUUGUAUUGAAGACUCCGCAGUAACCAUUCUAGCAGUGUCUAAAAACUUUUGCCAAAAAGAAUGGUGCAGGAAAGAAGUGCAGGAAACUUACGAUCAAAACAAACCAAUAGUAUUGCUGCUUUUGGAAAGAGUUGAGCCUGACGAGAUGGGCAAAGUUCUCCGAAAGUUGUUUAGCAGGUACGCGCAUGCGUCGUGGAUUUCAGAUUCCAAUGGCGGUCAUAUGGAGCCUGACUGGUCUAUAUUAUGCGACGCUCUUUUGGAUUUGACAGUUGAGCAAUCGGAGAAAAAUACGUUUAAACUGAAAUGGCUCAACUGGUUUAGUAGCUAAAACAAGUAUUGUAAAAGUUCGAAACAUUAUCUAUCGUAUGAUAUUGAGCAAUGUUGCUACAUUGAAGUCGAUGUCAAACGUUGAGAUGG